GCGCAAAGCCGGCACUCCGCGGAUCCUGCUUUAAGCUCCGUCCCGCGCUACUUCCUCCUCUUCCUCUUUCGGCCCCGCGUUCCUUGGGGGCCGCUUCCGAGGUUCCUAGAACGGUUCCGGAGUGACCGGUGCCUGCUCUCUCGGUCUACCCCACGCUCCUUGUCCCCCAGACGCCAUUUACAGGUCCGUGGCUUGUGGUGGAACCUCCCCCCACCAGCUCCGUCACGGAAAGCGCGCGUAGCGCUGCGCCCCAAGAGCCAAUCAGCAGCCGCCUUAGGCAACCAUGUCUGAGUCUGGCCACAGUCAGCCUGGACUCUAUGGGAUAGAGAGGCGGCGACGGUGGAAGGAGCCUGGCCCUGGUGGCCCCCAGAACCUCUCUGGGCCUGGUGGUCGGGAGAGGGACUACAUUGCCCCAUGGGAGAGAGAGAGACGGGAUGGCAGCGAAGAGACAAGCUCAUCGGUCAUGCAGAAAACCCCCAUCAUCCUCUCAAAACCUCCAGCAGAGCGGUCAAAGCAGCCACCACCUCCAGCAGCCCCUGCUGCCCCACCCGCCCCAGCCCCUCUGGAGAAGCCCAUCGUCCUCAUGAAGCCGCGGGAAGAGGGGAAAGGGCCUGCGGCUGCAGCAAAUACCUCCACCCCCGAGGGCACUGCCCCUGCGCCCCCUGCAGCCCCUGCACCACCCAAGGGAGAAAAGGAGGGGCAGAGGCCCACACAGCCUGUGUACCAGAUCCAGAACCGAGGCAUGGGCACUGCCGCACCAGCAGCCAUGGACCCGGUCGUGGGCCAGGCAAAACUACUGCCCCCAGAACGCAUGAAGCACAGCAUCAAGCUGGUGGAUGACCAGAUGAACUGGUGUGACAGCGCCAUUGAGUACCUGUUGGAUCAGACUGACGUGUUGGUGGUUGGUGUCCUGGGCCUCCAGGGGACAGGCAAGUCCAUGGUCAUGUCACUAUUGUCGGCCAACACUCCUGAGGAGGACCAGAGGGCGUAUGUUUUCCGGGCCCAGAGUGCCGAAAUGAAGGAACGUGGGGGCAACCAGACCAGUGGCAUCGACUUCUUUAUUACCCAAGAGCGGAUCGUUUUCCUGGACACACAGCCCAUCCUGAGUCCCUCCAUCUUGGACCACCUUAUCAACAACGACCGCAAGUUGCCGCCAGAGUACAACCUGCCCCACACCUACGUUGAGAUGCAGUCACUCCAGAUUGCUGCUUUCCUCUUCACGGUCUGCCAUGUGGUGAUCGUCGUCCAGGACUGGUUCACAGACCUCAGUCUGUACAGGUUCCUCCAGACAGCAGAGAUGGUGAAGCCGUCCACCCCGUCCCCCAGCCAUGAGUCCAGCAGCUCCUCAGGCUCCGACGAAGGCACUGAGUACUACCCCCACCUGGGACCGCGUCUCUCCUCCCGCCCCUCAGUCUUCCUGCAGAACAAAGCUCGUCGAGAAGACUUCUGUCCUCGAAAGCUGCGACAGAUGCACCUGAUGAUUGACCAGCUCAUGGCUCACUCGCACUUGCGUUACAAGGGUACCCUGUCCAUGCUACAGUGCAAUGUCUUCCCUGGGCUCCCACCUGACUUCCUGGACUCUGAGGUCAACUUGUUCCUGGUGCCCUUCAUGGACAGCGAAGCAGAGAGUGAAAACCCACCAAGAGCAGGACCCGGUUCCAGCCCGCUCUUCUCCCUGCUCCCUGGGUACCGGGGCCACCCCAGUUUCCAGUCCUUGGUGAGCAAGCUCCGGAGCCAGGUGAUGUCCAUGGCCCGGCCACAGCUGUCACACACGAUCCUCACUGAGAAGAACUGGUUCCACUACGCUGCCCGGAUCUGGGACGGCGUGAAAAAGUCCUCUGCCCUGGCAGAGUACAGCCGCCUGCUGGCCUGAGGCCGAGGGAAGGAGCGUCAUGCGGAGAACCCCCUCCUGGGUCCCCAUGGUUGGUGAGGGACCACAUGUGUCCUGCCCCCGCCCCAGUGGGUGGAGAGUGGCAGCAGGCCUGAUGGAUGAGGGACCGCAACAUUCUCGCCCAGAGACGUGAGGUGUCCAGGACUAGGCCCCCCACCCUAAGUGGAGUAUUGUUCAGGGGGCAACUUUGAGAUCCCACCCCCAAUCUGGGACAGGGUGGGCCAUCCUCGGUUCCCUGCAGGGACAGGCAGUGGGAAUAGUCUGAAUGGUCCCCAAGCAUCCCAGGUUCCAUCUUGACCUCCCUCUGCAGGGACAGGAGCAACAGGUCCCUCCUCACUGACCCUAAGCCCUUUCCUGUGAGGUGCAGCAGGGUCUUGGGGAGCUCUUCGUUGGGGCAGACCUGGUGGUUUGAAUAAAAACAAUCACGCAA